GUGGUGGCGCGCUUCGCCGCGUCACAGCUGCUGCCGGCCGCCGAGCUGUUUCCGGACAAGUUAUCCGACCUGGGCGGUCGCAAGUUGCGCGCCGUCACCUUUCACUACCCGCCCAAGAAUGUGUUCGAGCGGAGGCCGGACGGUAGCUGGCGGCACGGCGGCCUGGAGACGGUGCUGGUCCAGACGUUCGGCACCGUCAUCAACUACGUGCCCGAGUUUACGCGGCCGACAGACGGCGGCCUGUGGGGACGCCACGAGGAGGACGGCACAUGGAGCGGGCUGGUCGGCGACCUGCACUACGGUCGCGCCGACGUCGGCAUGGCCAACCUCUUCAUCUCGGAGUCCAAACUGGAGGCCAUCGACAUGACGACGCCGUACAUGACCGACUACGCCUGCUACAUCGCGGCCGUGCCACCACCGCCGCCACGCUACCUGUCGCUGGUGCGGCCGCUCACCUGGCGCACCUGGCUGUGGACACUCGGCUCGUUCGCUCUCGUCGUGCCCGUGCUCUGGGGCCUGGCGCACGGCGGCGACGGCGCCCACAACCCGUUCCGCAGCUUCACCUACUCCUCGUUCUAUGCGUUCGGCGUGCUGAUUCAGGAGGCCAUGCACAGACUGCCGCGCCAGCUGGCCGCCCAGCUCUUCCUCGGCCUCUUCUUCCUGUUCUCGGUGGUGAUAUCGUCGGCGUACCGCGGCAACCUGAUUGCGUACUUGAUGGUGCCUGCGCCACCCACGCCGCUGGACACGUCCCGCCAGCUGCUGGCCAGCGGCCUGGAGUGGGGCGUGCGCCGCGCCGCGGAGUGGGAGAGCUGGUUCCAGAACUCGCCAGACCCGAUCGCCCGUCGCCUGGCCGACGACAUUCGCUUCGUCGGCAGCUUCCAAGAGGGCAUCCGGCGCGCGCGCGACACGAACUUCGCCUUCAUCAACUCCAAGCAGUCGCUGCAGUACCUGGUGGCCACCAACUUCACAGACGCGAUGGGUGAGGAGCUGAUGCACGUGUCGCGCGAAUGCUACAUCCCGUUCAGCGUGGCACUGGGCCUGCCGAAGUACUCGCCGCUCACCUCCAAGUUCAACCUGCUCAUCCGCAGGACCAUAGAGGCAGGCCUGGUGGACAAGUACUUUAAAGACGUUCUGGAGAGCGUGCGCACGCAGCAGGGGCGCCGCAAGGCUGCUCGUGAGAGCAGCACCCGACAGCAGCCUCUGAACAUCUCUCAUCUGCAGGCCCCACUCGGCCUGUACGUCAUCGGUCUGCUGCUGUCGCUGACGGCCUUCGUCGCGGAGGUGGGGCUGAAGAAACUGCACGCCACUGUUGCCACUGAAGUGACCACCAUCCCAGCCUGACCCGCUGUGGUGCCUACUGCGGCGGUCGCGUCACUUUGCAAAACUUGUGGGGGUAGAUGUGUAAAAUCUAGGAGCAAUGUUAUCUAACCGCAAACGCGAUUUGCUUCGACUGCGGACCGCUUUUCAAGUCAAAAACAUCGCAGCGGACAAAUUGCCAGUUGAACCUGAUCAAGUCGACGCUAUCACCACACCUGGCGGACAACUGUUUCAGAUGCUCUAGAAUUUGCACAGCCGCGAGUGCGUGCCUCCGUACUACCCCGGCUGAUAUCAUUGCUAACUAGCCCAAUAUCCCGAAAUUUAU